AUGGAUGAGCGGCAUAUAGGAUGGCAUUUGCCUCCGGUGCAUCAUUCUAAUCAUGUUUCUCCACUUUCGGCGCGCUUGCCGGAUACCACGUUACCAAGCGACCUCUUCCCUUUUUACCAGCAGGGAUCAUGCUCAGAUAAUAGACGACAGUCUCCUCUCGGUGAACGAAAUUCAAUAGCCACCACUCCAGCACCACGGGAAAGGGGUGAUCCGCUGUCUAUCUCUGAAUUGAUCAAUCAGGAUUCGGAACCGCGACCUCUGGCUCAGUCCCUACCGACGACGGUUUCAAGAGAUGGACAUGUUCCUCCAGAUGUUGAAAAUCCAAAUACGAUAUUGGAACCUUACGCUCAAUUUAAUCCUGGCCACGCCCCUCCUGCCUUCAAUCAAUUUGCCUAUGGGACAAUCCCGACAAUCACUCAGAACUUAGAGGCAGAUCUCUGCGCAAAUUUUGGGCCGAGCCACAUCCCUCCUGCCUUCAAUCAAUUUGACUACGCGACGAUCCCAACAGUCAAUCAGAAUGAAAACUUAGAUGUGGGCGUCUGUGCCAGCUUGAAUCUGAGCGACAUCCCGCCCACCUUCAAUCAGUUUGACUAUGGGACGAUUCCGGCAAUCAAUCAGAAUGAGAACAUGGGGGUGGGUCUCUGCACCAAUUUUGACACGGACAAUCCCACCUAUGGCAACAUUCCAUGGGAUACCCAGACUGAAGGUCAAGACGUCAAUCACCCCGAUGCUGUGCUUUCGGUUUUUUGA